AUGCAUCCUAAAGAGGUUGAAGGAGACAGGGACAAUGAUGAGGGCGUCAAUGAUUACGAUGAUGAUGAUGAUAACGUCGAUGAUAUGGACGUCGUUGAUGAUGAUCAGGAGGAGGAUGAAGUCAGCCAUGGAGAUGCCCAGCUUUUGGGAGUCUCUGAUAAUGGAAAAGGAAUACCAAUGGUCUUAGACCAGGGCACAUCACAGAUCCCAGCAGCAGUUCAGCCAAGCUUUGUAACAGUCAACCUGUUGGAUCCUGCUUCUCAGUCUUCAAAGGCUUCUACCGUCUUCACGCCUAUCCAGCCAGCACCUUCAACUUCGACUCCUACGUUGAUGCGAAUUCAGUUAGCACCACAAACCUCACACUCCAAGCUCAAGCCCAUUCUACCAGCAUCGUCAGCCGCAGGUCCAAACUCCAGGACUACAGAGCCAGCUACAAUCUAUCGCAAGAGUCGCACAAGUCCAGUAAUUCCCAAAUCAACCCUUUAUUAUAGGAAACGCAGAGCCCAACAAAGAGCAGAAGGGAAGGGAAUUAAAACAUACAAGCCACGUACAAGACUGCCCAUAUGCAGCCAGUGCGAUCGGGAAAGGGACCGGAAAAGUCACACACAGUUUUACGGCAGGUGGUAUUGCGCACAAACUGACACUCGAUCUUACCAAGAAUGGCGAGCCAUGAUGGCGGAACAACGGGCAAAGAAAAAGAAGUUGAAGUGAUGAAGCUACAUUUUUGUCUGUUAUCUUGGGAAUUUGACACAAUUUGGAUAUUAAAUCACCCAAAAAAGAGCAAGAUUAAUAACUAGCAGACAUCUGAUGCCACUAGAAAUUGCCUUAUGGUCAAGUCGUCAUCUUAACUCUCCUUGCCCUGAUGACUCUCCUUGUCCUGAUGGUUCCCAAGGCAAAGCAAGCAUGGCCGUAGAAUAUCGGGCUCUACACCCAAAUUGCUUUCCCCCAAAGAUGCCUGUAUUACAGAUUUUUCCAAAUCUAUUCAAAAGAUUUUCCAACGUGUGGGGCCAGCAAAUAAUCCACUGCCCAUGAAAAUCAAGUCCCAUAUGACUUUCAAGAUGACCAUUUCCCUCCAGGAAGUAUAUAUUUAAAUCUAGAGUUGUGAGGAAGAAAGGAAAGUUUAGGAAAUUGUCUGUCUAGCCAACUUGAAUGUGUUGCUAUGUAUCGGUAAACAUAAGCUCAAGUACAGGAUGGAUUUCAAAAUCCUUCCGACUUUGAAGGCUGUCUAUGGUAUAGCUUCAGGAUAUGUGACCACCCUCAUUAUAGAGCAACAUCGUCUAUAUUCUGGCUUGAGCUCAUCUGGUACUGGUGUCAUGUACCCAUC